CUGUAGCACCACCGGCUGCCAAAGACCUCGCGGAUUCUUCGCCUUUCUAAUUCCGUGGUGGCCGCGAACACGUCUCUCACCAGUGGACGGUCAGUCGAAAAUUGACCAUUAUUUGCGGAUGUGCGACAAUGUGCUGUUGACGAAGUGUUCGUUGCCGCCGUUACACUGCAGUUCGUCUAGGUCCAAGGGAUUUUAUUAUUGUUGUGUUGUUGUCGUCCCGAGUCGAGCGUGUUAAAAGAAAUGCGGGCAGUAUUACUACUUCUAUAUCUUACCACCACCCAGGCGCUACCUCAGGGGGCACCGACGUCUGUUUGUCGGUCUAUGCUCCCUAAUCAUGGAGGAGGAAUACCACCACAAACAGGUAUUGCACCUUACUCAAUAAUACCAAGGCGACAAAACGGCAUAGUUUUGGUGACAAUCAAUUCGGGCGUGGGAAUUCCAUUCCAAGGAUUCCUGUUACAAGCCAGAACGCUUAGUGGAGACAUUCUUGGUGAAUUCGACGUAUCGAGCACCGAAGAUGGACAUUCAAUUGACUGUGCAUCUACCGGCGAUUCGUUGACUCACAAAAAUCCCAAUAACAAAGCAAAUUUGGAUGUUAUGUGGAUGCCACCAUCUGGAUUCGAGGGACCGGUAAUAUUUAAUGCUACGAUUGCCCAAGGUUACGACACGUUUUGGGUGGGCGUCGAAUCUCCACAAAUUGAAAUUUCAAAACGUAGUGUGGACGACCCCUUGCCAAGCACACCAAAACGAAUCGCCACUACCACCCCACCAUUCUUUAGCCCUCCAGAAACUAAGGAAGCCUCCACCGACUUCGAUCCUUUCUACGAUGGCUGCACCGUCUCCAAAUUGUGCUUCGGAGCUCCCGCUAAUUGUGUGAACUCGAAAAAUUGCAAAGCCGCCGUCGCCAUUACGGUUCUGGGGGAUAAAUACGAUUUUGAAUUGAAGGCCCACAGUAAUGCGGCGUGGGUUGGUGUAGGACUGUCAGAUGAUGAAAAGAUGGGUGAUGACUCGGUUAUUGAGUGUGUAAAAAAGAAUAAUGGAGUUUCGGCAUACAUGUCUUGGACAACGGCUCCAAAUUAUGGUGCUCAACGUUUAACCAAUCCUCAGUUGGGAAUUCAACUUUUGAAUGGCAGUGUUUCUGAUGAUACAAUCUACUGUAAAGUACGAAGAGAUGCCGUGACAAACGUAAGGGGCAAAGUAUUUGAUUUAACUAAAAACCAAUAUAAUCUUUUGAUUGCUGCUGGUGCUAGCGUUACACCUAACUCAGUUACUUACCACGGGGUAGCUUAUUUAGCUAGUGGAGAAAAGCAAUCAUUAUCGGAUGUGUCGGCCUUGGCAGCAGCUUCGAAACUGUUAGUUAGACUUCACGGAUCAUUUAUGAUUGCAGCAUGGAUCGGAACAGCUUCAGUUGGUAUCUUGUUGGCUAGAUACUACAGACAGACGUGGGUUGGAACCUCACUCUGUGGAAAAGAUCUUUGGUUCGCUUGGCAUAGAAUGUUUAUGUGCUUGACCUGGGCCUUAACCGUAACAGGAUUCGUUUUAAUCUUCGUAGAAUUGAGGGCUUGGUCCGGCGAACAAAAUCCCCAUGCGAUUUUAGGAACAAUUACUACCAUAUUGUGUUUCCUGCAACCUAUUGGAGCUUAUUUCAGACCACAUCCUGGUACUUCCAAACGACCAAUCUUUAACUGGGUGCAUUGGUUUAUUGGCAACGCUGCCCAUAUUAUAGGAAUUGUGACAAUAUUCUUCGCGGUAAAAUUAAACAAAGCUGAACUUCCGGAAUUCAUGGAUUGGAUUCUUGUUGCUUAUGUAGCUUUCCACGUGAUAUCACAUUUGGUUUUAUCUGUUAUGGGAUGUUUGUCUGAAAAAUCUUCCGAAAGAAGAGUAACGUCCUUCCCAAUGAAAGAUUUAGGAGGGUCUGGAAGAAGUUCCGCAUAUGCUGAUCGUAGUGCUGAUGCACCUUACACCGGUUUCAGGAAAGCAUUGUUGGCUAUUUAUAUUGUAAUAGUGUUGGCACUGGUUGUUGCUUUAAUAGUGAUAACAGCAUUGGCACCAAUAGAGGAGACCUGGGAAACAGUCAAAUCGUCUGUUAUGAGUGGAAGCAGCUAAUAGUUAUGUUCUAAGAUUACCAAAUAACAUUCUAUUAUUGAAUUGACUGAUUCAUUUCAGUUUACUUUGUACUUUUUGACAAAUGAUACAUUUAUCAAGAUAAAAAUAAUGAUACCUUGAUGUUCACCUACAUAUGGUGUAAUUGAUAAUAAAAAUUUAUAAAAUAUAUAGCAAAGUAAACUUAACAGACACGAAAGGGUAAAUAUUUUAUACAGAUCAGUAUUUCAAACCUGACAUUCUUUGUAAUUUAUUUCACAUACAUGUAGUUUAUUCUAUUUAAUAUUUUACCAUAAUUUUAUAGUAAGUUUUAUAGAUUAUUAUUAAAUAUUGUUGUAAAUAAAUUUAUUUUUAAGUUAAAA